GAUAGCCCACAUGCUCCUCCCUUUUACUCUCUUCUCUCUGCUCUCUCUUGCAAAGCCCCUAACCUAACCAGUUUAAGUACUCCACGAAGCUUUGAUUCCGGUGUAAAAGCCUAAGUACUGCCAUAACUUUUAACACUAUCAAAAACCAUCUCUCUCUUACGAAGAGUUAAGUGAUGCGAGCUGAGUGAGAGCUAAAACUUCUUUUUUUUUUUCACUGCUGAAAAAAUGGGACAAGAAGAAAGCUACUUCUAUAGUUGGCCACCGGUAGGAGCUCCAUUGAAUGCACAAAGAGAGGACCACUGGAGACAUUUUGACAACUAUGUCAAUUCGGUGUCCUUUGGUUUUGUUGCUACUGCCAUUUUCAUCUCCAUGUUCUUAGUCAUGGGCAUCUUUGAACGCUUUCUUAGACCCAACUCAUCCCCUGAUGGUCGUAACCGUGGUGACCUUGAAUCUCAGCUUAGUUUCAAUGGCAAGCUCAGCCAACCAGCACCAAAAAUGACGACAUACACCAGUGGAGUUUCAGUAUUAAUGCCGGGGGAUGAGAUUCCUACUUUCAUUGCACACCCAGCUCCAGUCCCGUCCCCCAGAACGCCCUUCAAUGCCUCAAACUCCCCCAUAAACAACACAACUCAUCAGUCAAUCCUGCCUCAAGCUCCCCCAUAA